AUGGGUCGGAGGAAGAUUGAGAUCAAAGCAAUCAAGGAUGAUCGAAAUCGUUCAGUGACCUUUCUCAAGCGAAAGGGCGGAUUAUUCAAGAAGGCCCAUGAGUUGGCCGUUCUUUGCUCUGUUGAUGUCGCGGUGAUUAUAUUUGGCCAGAACAAGAAGCUGUACGAGUAUUCUUCAUGUGACAUGCAAGAAACACUCGGUCGCUAUCAAUACUUUGGCCCACCCCAUGAGCACAAAGGACCCGAUGACUUCUCUGGCAAGCGCGAAGGUGACGACGACGAUGAGGAUGAGACGACUCCGGCCCCCGAAGAGAUGCAGGUCCAGCAGCCUCACGCCGCAGUCGCAGUCGCAGUCGCGUCGCACCUGCAACAACCAGGUUUCCAGCAUAUCAAUCACGCUCCAUCUGCUUCUCCGCCGAUCGUACAUAACGGCCUCCCGGUGAUUCGAAAUGGCACCCCUCAGUCGCAAGCCUCCCGUCCCACAUCCAGAAACCACGUACGUCGCGUCAGCUCCAAUCUCGGGCCCCAGGGCCAUGCAACGCCAACACCACCACCGCCAACGGUCCAGAAUGGAUAUUACAUGGCAAAUCCGUCCAUAUACAAUCCCAAUGUGCAUGGGCCAGUCAACCAGGCCCGGCCUGCACAGUACGCGCAAUAUGGCCAACCGCCCAAUGCUCCUCCUGCAAACCCGUCGCAGAUGCAUCCACAACACCCUCAUGGUCCACCCGUUCACCACCCACAUGCACCCCACCAUUUUCAGCAUGUCCACAUGGUGGUGCAGCAGCAGAUGGGUAUGCCACCUGCGUCGCAUGCGCCAGUGCAGCAAAUUCCUCCACAGCCUUAUAUCUCGGAGCCAAAUAGAGGGUCGCUGCCCCCGGCAUUUGCACCGGAGCCCCAGUCGGAACGAACCGUCCCCGUGGUUGAGACUGCCCAGGAUGCCUCUGUCAACACAGUCAAAAGCGAGAGUAGCCAGUCACCGCCUCAGCCAAGACCAUUGUCCAAGUCACAGUCCCGCAGUAUAUUCACUCCCAUCGACGAUCGGGGUUCGGCCCAUGGCAAUCAAAUGUUGAAGCCCCAGCUGCCCUCGGAGAGUGCACCAGAUGACUUGCCCAUUGCCACAAUUUCUGCCCCGGAGCCGAAGCGCUCCCUCUCGAAGCCUGCCGCUGUCGAUAUCAAGGCCCCGUCCCGUACGAAUAGUGGUGCACUGCCUUCGAAGAGACCGCAACUCAAAGUUCAGAUUCCUAGCGAGCACUCCGAUCAUGGUAGUGCAACCGGCGAAUCAUCUUCCCGCGACUCUGCUGGGAAUAAGACGGCGACUCCGGCCAAGGACAGUCACCCGGCAGGAGUGGUUCUCCCACCCCCGUCGCCGUCUGCCGGCGUCAUCCUUAGUGCCGGCGCCCAAGGGCCCCCUAACCCCUUCGCCCGGCCACCCCCGCCUGGAUCCACCGGCCAGGGCACUUUUGCGGGCAGUGGGACCAGCGGUGGAAAUGGCAGCAGCAGCAGCAGCAGCAGCAACAAUAACGCUAACAGCAACAACAACAACAACAACAACUCGAACCACAUCGAAACACCCAUAUCUGCACUACCCAGUCGUUUUGUCUCCGACAACCUGCUCCCGUCACCGUCCAGCUUUUUCCCUGAAUGGGGGUUUGGUCGCUCUGGCCCGGACUCAAAUCUGCUGCCGAGCCCACUGACUUUUCCCACGCCCGCCAUCCCGACGGGGCCGAGCUUUUCUCGAGAAGAUGAGCAAGAGAAAAAGCGAAAGUCUCCGGAUGGGGGUGGCUCUGCUGGCUCUGCCGACGGAGCGAACAAAAAGCCAAAGACAUGA